AUGGCUACAGUAUCAGUUGCAAAAACUCCUUCAGCUCCUCCUGUCGAUUUUAAAAAUGAACCCCUUUUAGCUGGUGAACAUACUUUACCAGCCAGUUGGUGGACUUCAGAAAAGAUAUAUGAUCUUGAAAAGAGAGCUAUUUUUUAUAAAUCAUGGAUGUUUACUGUUCAUUCCUCAAGAUUUAAAAAAGCUGGUGAUUAUUUCUCUUAUACAGUUGCUGGAAUUAAUUUUUUUAUUAUUAAGAAUAAAGAAGGAGAAUUAAAGGCUUUCCAUAAUGUUUGUCGUCAUCGUGCUUAUCCAGUUGUAAGAAAAGAUGAAGGUUCAUCGGUAGUUGUUGGAUGUAAAUAUCAUGGUUGGAGUUAUAAUACUGAUGGAAAAUUAACUAAAGCUCCACAUUUUGAUAAUGUUGAAGGAUUUGAAAAAGAUGAAAAUUCUCUUUAUCCAAUUAAUAUUCAUACUACAACUCAAGGACUUGUUUUUGUUAAUUUCUGUCAAAAGGAUAAUGAAGAUUUUGUUCCAUUUGACGAUUGGUUUAGUGGUUUAAGUACUGAAUUAGAUGAAUUUGAUUUUGGAGAUUAUGAUUAUCAUAUGUCUUAUGAAUUGGAUGGUGACUUUAAUUGGAAAACUUUAAUGGAUGGUUAUCAAGAAUGUUAUCAUUGUCCAACUGCUCAUCCAGGUUUAAGUACUGCCUUUAAAAUGGAAACUUAUCAAGUUGUGCCAAAGAGUAGAUAUUGUCGUCACUAUGCUGAAAUAGUUAAAGAAAAAGUUGAAAUUGAUAAUGAAGAAAAAGAUGCCGAUGAAGAAUCAUCAUGGUUUGGAUUUGGUAAGAAAAAGGAAGCUCCAAAGAAAGUUGAAAAGAAACAAAACCCUGGUGGUGAAUUCAAUGGUUUAUGGGUUUAUUUAUUCCCAAGUAAUGGAGUUAAUUGUUAUUCUCCAGCUUGGUAUUCAAUUAGAGUUUUACCAAUAACUGCUACUCGUACUAUUUUACAUUAUGAUAUUUAUACUAAAAAGGGUCUUGAUGAUACAGCAAAGAAAGAAUUUGUAGACUUUUUGCAAUUAGUUGAAUUAGAAGAUUUCAACUUGUGUCAAUUAACCCAAAAGAAUUUAAAUGAAGGUGUUUAUUCUACUGGCUAUUUACAUCCAAAUAAAGAACGUGGAGUUGUUUAUUAUCAAAAUAUUGUGGCAGAAAUGGUUAAGAAACAUUUUGCUAAAGAACAAGAAGCUGGAAAAUCAAUUAAUCCAGCAUUUGUAGGUCAUGCUGCAAAAAAUCCAAAUGUUCAAGAAUUGGAAGCUAUAUGUAAUAAACUUGAAUGUGGUGGAAGUAGUGGAGAAUCAAAAUUAGAUUGGUAAAUUUAUCGACUGGUUCUGACAAAUUUACGAUGAUUAUGAUUAAGUUGAAUUGUUUUUCUUUAUUUAAUUAUCAUAUAUACUAAAUACAGAAUACUUAGUUAAAUGUAUGAGGCUAUCACAUAGUGAUCAACAUUUUUUUCAAGAACUAGUUCAAUCGUGUAAAGCUACCUAUAUAAAGGUGAAGGCUAUGCAUACAUCCAAAUAUCACAUAUAUUUGAUUUUAGACACUAGAGUUAUAUAACAAGGUAGAAUAAUCACUAUAUAAUUUUUACUAAUUUAUCUGUUAUAUUGUAUACAAGACUACCUGUAUUUCUAUGCGGCAAUAUGUUGCCAUACGCUAGAAUAUUCAAAAUUGAGGAAGCUCGGAUUAUUUUUUAAUUAAAAACUAAUAUAUAAACUACG